AUGGAUAAGUUAUAUUGGUUUGACGCACCAUUUGAUGGUGCAGUUUUUUCUCCAUAUGUGUCAUCAGACAUGACAUUAAUCACCGAGCCACCCUGGCCUAGCAUUAAUAUAUCAUCACAUCCACCACCCCAACUUAAAAUCCGGACGGAAGUAACUAUUUGUUCCGUAGAACUAAAAGAAGAUUACACACAUAUACCUUUUCGAAUCUGA